ACUCACUCUUCUGCUAAACUUUUCUUCACUUUCUCCUUUCGACUUUUCCUAAGACUUUUUGUGGCUCUUGCUAUCUUUUGCUGCUGUUUUUCUGUGCUCUGCUCGUGUAAGAAUGAAGAACUCUAUCAGAGAUGGCCAAGCUACCAGAGACUCUCCCUCCUCUGAGGAUGAUGAACCUAUCCAACUCCCUGCGCUUGAUAACUCUGCCUUGAUUCGCCGGUUCCGGUUCACGGUGGUGGGUCGAGUCUUUCACACCGGCGGAAGGAGUAUGGAGGCUUUUCUGGCUUUUAUGCCAAGUGCUGGGAUUUGGGAUGUUGAAGGCAGGGCUAGGGAGGCCUUCAGAGGCAUUGGAGAUGCUAUCGGACGAGUGUCUGAAGUUGAUGUCACAGAGGCCAGAGUCCUUGUAGCUGUGAAUGUGACCAAGCCAUUGAAAUUCAAAAAGAGGGUCCUCACUGAUAAUGGAGAAGAAGUUAUGGUGUCUCUCACCUAUGAGAAGCUGUUUCGGUACUGUUUUACAUGUCAUUUGAUUUCACAUGAAGAACGGGACUGCCCUCAUCUCUCUGAAAACCAGAAGCAACUCAACAAAGACAGGAGAGGUGGUAUCUUUGCUAAUGGUGGUCGCAGGCCUGAGGAAGAACGAGCUCUUGCUGUUCGCAGGGAGAGAGAGCAUCGAGAUGGCAAUAGAAGCAGAGAGGAGAGACGAGGUGAAGCCCGUGUUUCGGGUCGCAGAUCCACAUCGGAGCUGUCUAGCAGAGCCACCAACCUUCCCUCUCAAAGCAGCAAUCCACCAGCUUCCCGACAAGUGAGACGUAAUCUCUAUUUGACUAAGGAAGUACCAAGGUCAGAUACAAACCGGAAUCCGGUUUGGCAACGCAUUGGAGUGGAAGCAGACAAGACACAUCACCGUAACAGAGAACCGUCCAUUCAAUCCUCUUCGGGAUCGCGGAAAAAACCUGAAGAUGUUCCUCAGAGGACAUUGGAGAUACGCCGGAGUAGUGAUGGUCAUAGGAUCCCGUUGCGAAGAAGAGAGUCUCCUCUUCGAAUCAGAUCACCUGCAAGAGAGGAGCCAAGCCUUGAGAACUGGAGAAGUUCUCGCCGUCCUCCUCGACACCAGUCAAACCGGUCGGAGAGAACACCAUCGGCUCACCGUGAUUUCCCUGCGGGCUGCGGCUCUAACCUUGCUGCUAAAGAAAAAGGGAAAGGCAAAAUGGUGGAUGUUGCUGCACACUGUGUGCUUGGAGACGAUGAGGCGAUUGACGCUGCAACUCCGGUCCCGGCGGAUUUUGAAUUCGGCUCUGGUUCCGGAACUGCUGCUGGUGCUAAUGAAGUUUUGGAUUCUUCUCUUCCUCACCCCCAAGAAAUCACGACUGGACAGGGCAAAGAGUUUCCCGCAUCUGCUGGCGAAGUGGGACGUGAAACAAUGAUGGAAGACGCCGCAGAGGAAGUCAACGAGGGGGAAGACUGGGUGGAUGAGGACGAUGGCUUAGCAGAUUGGGCGGAAGACGACACAGGGUUGUCAGAUUGGACAGAGGACGACACUCUUGCUAGGGUUCCUGACGAACAAUUGGAGAUUCAAUGCACCCAAGGUGGUGAUUCAAUCCCCUCUGAUUGGGAGAAUUUGGUUGAUGAGGAGGCUGAUACUGAGAAGGAAAUCACGGAGGAGGAUAUCCGGUUGAUGCAAGAGCUAGAGAAGGAGAUGAUUUUGGAUGGCCUUCUGGACAACGAUGACUUAUUGGGAGAGGAGCUGCUGGCCGGUGAUAACGAUGGGAUGAUGGAUGAGGAGGACAGCCAAGAGAGGACACUAUCUGAGGCGGUUGUCCCCAUUGUUCAUUCGCGAGUGGAGGUUCCGGCGACUUCUCAGUCACCGUCGAGCAAACGCCACCGGUCUCCGAGUCGUGAGAGAUCUGUUACAAGAAGAAGCUCUCGUUCUGAUGGACCAGCGGUUGGUGGGCCAGGAAGUGUAGUAACAGGCCCGGUUGAUCAAAAUGGGAUUUCUGAGCCCAAAAAUUCUGAGCCCAAGAAGACUGUGAUUCCCCAAAGUCCAAAACUCUUCACAGCAGCUUCCAGAAAAUUAAAGCUGUUUGGGCCUAAGAUCUCGCCUAAGAAGAGGUCGGCCCCUCCGGUUUCGGGCCCACUUGGAGAGGCUCCAUCACGAUCGGUAAAUAACAACCCUCAGCAGGAGGCGGUUUCAACCAUGAACAACAAGGAUAAGAAGAAGGAAGCAAAGGCAAAGAAGCCUAUGAUAGGUGAGGCGGAGUCCCGGAUCUCCCCCGAUCCGCCUACAUGAGGACUCUUGCGUGGAAUUGUCAAG